UGACAUAACACCUGCCGCUAGCAGAGGCAGAGGUUCAUUUUAUUACAGCACCCCCGUUGCAUUCUGGGAGAGUGGAUAGAGACUGAGCAGUGGAUCUAUUUUAGUAGCACGGCAAAUUCUGGCACCCGAAAUCUCAUGUCGAAAUAGCUAGUCUUCCGCUAUCGGUAGUAAUGGCGCUGACACGGUUCGAACGGUUCCUGGCCUCGGUACUGCGGGUAGCGGUCGGGAUGCUGUUUGCCGUCUUCCAGCUGCUCGCUCAGCGGCGGGGAGCCGACAGGUCGGUGAGGAGGCUCCCACCAAUCACCAACCCACUAUUGAGGGUCCCCGCGAUGCGGCUCGCCCGCAUGAUUCGACGGAGAGAGGUAACCAGUGUGGAGGUGGUACAGACCUACAUAGACCGCAUCCAAGAGAUUAACCUUCUCAUCAAUGCAAUGGUCAAGGACAGGUUUUCAUUGGCCCUGCAGGAGGCAGCCCAGGUGGAUAAGCUGAUAGAGGAGGAGACAGGAGGAGAGGAUGUUCUGGAGGACAGGCUUCCUCUACUGGGUGUCCCUUUCACUGUCAAAGAGGCCUUCUCCCUCCAGGGCAUGCCUAACUCCACAGGGCUGGUGUCACGGCGGGGGGUGAUUUCGGCAACGGACGCUCCCCCGGUGGCUCUGCUGAAGAGGGCAGGGGCCAUUCCUCUGGGGGUGACUAACUGUAGUGAGCUCUGCAUGUGGCUUGAGUCCCAUAACCGCCUGUAUGGAAUCACCAACAACCCAUACGACCUGGAGAGGAUACCAGGCGGAAGCUCCGGAGGGGAGGGCAGUAUUUUGGGGGGCGGUGGUUCCGUGAUAGGGGUUGGCUCAGAUGUUGGGGGCAGUAUUCGCAUCCCAGCAUUCUUCAAUGGCAUCUUCGGCCACAAGCCAACAUCAGGUGUAGUAUCUAACGUGGGUCAGUUCCCCCCGGCCUCGGGGCAGCAGCCUGGUUUCCUGUGUACAGGCCCAAUGUGUCGCUACGCCCAGGACCUGCUGCCCAUGCUCAGAGUUAUGGGAGGAGCCAACGCUGACAGGUUGUCUCUGUCGUCUGAGGUGGAUCUGAAGAGACUACGGUUCUUCUCUGUUCCUCACGAUGGAGGCUCUCCUCUGGUGUCUCCUGUCGACCAGCAGCUAGUCCUGGCUCAGAGGAGGGUGGUAGAGCGUCUGGAGGCAGACCUGGGGGUCAAAGUUCAGCAGCUGAAGAUUCCUCAGCUCAAAUACUCCUUCCAGAUCUGGAGUGCGAUGAUGGGAGCCCCGGGGAAGGAUGGAAAGCAGCCCACAUCGUUUGCAGAGCUGAUGUCUGACCAUGGGAAGAAGGUGUGGCCUCUAUGGGAGAUGGCUAAGUGGACUGUGGGACUCUCCAAGCACACCGUGGCUGCUAUAGGUCUGGUCCUGGUAGAGAUGUUCCAGAGGUCCCAGCCGACCCAGUUGAUCCUGCAGCAGAAGGAGUCUCUCCAGAAGGACCUGGAGGAACUGUUGGGGACAGACGGGGUGCUGCUCUACCCCUCUCACCCGCACCUCGCCCCCAAACACCACCAUCCCCUCUUCACCCCCUUCAACUUCUCCUAUACUGGUAUCUUUAACAUUCUGGGCCUUCCGGUGACCCAGUGUCCGUUGGGGCUGAGCGAGGAGGGUUUACCCUUGGGACUGCAGCUGGUGGUGGGGAAGCAGCAGGACCGUCUCUCCCUGGCCACCGCUGUGUUCCUGGAGAAGACCUUCGGCGGUUGGAGAGACCCAGGGAGCAUCGCCACGGCCACCACCCAGCUAGAUACCUGGCGCGGGGCGUCAACGACUGCAUCGUGAAUAUACAGAGAUGUUUAUUCUGGGAUGAAUGACAGUCCUAGAAGACAGAGGAAUGUAUGCACUGACACAGACAGGCAGACACACUCACACUGUCUGUUUGCACAUGCCGUCCUGUCAGUCGUCCAGCCUUGUCAUUCGUUCUUUAACAACAGACUGUCGCCAGGUUACUGAGUCACUCGUCCACUACAGUAUGUCUGUUGUGUCUUCGUCACAAAGUGCCCUAUGCUUGUCCAAAGAGCCUUUAUGUGUCCUGUCAUUGUGUGUUCCUGGCUUGUGUCCCAAAUGACUCCCUAUAUAGUACACUACAUUUGAACAGAGCCCUAUUCCCUUCAUAGUGCUCUAUAUUUGACUAGAGCCCUAUUCCCUUCAUAGUGCCCUACAUUUGACCAGAGCCCUAUUCCCUUCAUAGUGCCCUACAUUUGACCAGAGCCCUAUUCCCUUCAUAGUGCUCUAUAUUUGACUAGAGCCCUAUUCCCUUCAUAGUGCCCUACAUUUGACCAGAGCCCUAUUCCCUUCAUAGUGCCCUACAUUUGACCAGAGCCCUAUUCCCUUCAUAGUGCCCUACAUUUGACUAGAGCCCUAUUCCCUUCAUAGUGCCCCACAUUUGACCAGAGCCCUAUUCUCUUCAUAGUGCCCUACAUUUGACCAGAGCCCUAUUCCCUUCAUAGUGCCCUACAUUUGACUAGAGCCCUAUUCCCUUCAUAGUGCCCUACAUUUGACUAGAGCCCUAUUCCCUUCAUAGUGCCCUACAUUUGACUAGAGCCCUAUUCCCUUCAUAGUGCCCUACAUUUGACCAGAGCCCUAUUCCCUUCAUAGUGCCCUACAUUUGACCAGAGCCCUAUUCCCUUCAUAGUGCCCUACAUUUGACCAGAGCCCUAUUCCCUUCAUAGUGCCCUACAUUUGACUAGAGCCCUAUUCCCUUCAUAGUGCCCUACAUUUGACCAGAGCCCUAUUCCCUUCAUAGUGCCCUACAUUUGACCAGAGCCCUAUUCCCUUCAUAGUGCCCUACAUUUGACUAGAGCCCUAUUCCCUUCAUAGUGCCCUACAUCUGACCAGAGCCCUAUUCCCUUCAUAGUGCCCUACAUUUGACCAGAGCCCUAUUCCCUUCAUAGUGCACUACUUACAUAUUGCACUACUAUGGGUCCCGGUCAAAAGUAGCGCACUAUAUCGGGAAUAGGGUGCCAUUUGGGAUGCAGGUGGUGACUGUCCGACAGCUAUAUGUUGCGUCAGGGUUUUGUUGUGUAAUGUCCAAUAAGGUUUUCUCUCUACACUGUAUUUGUCCACCACUAACGAGAUGUUGGAACCUGAUUGGAGAGAGACGGUAUUAUGAGAAUGUCAUGUGUUAUGGUGUAGUCCAUGUUGAAAUGACGGGUAAUUGAUGGGUGAUGUGAUAUACCACAUCUCUUCAAUGACUGGCGCUUUAUUCAACAAGUUAACGUGAUCUACUGUAUAAAGACAUGUGCACAUUAUGAUCAUUUGAAAGGAUAUCGUUGAUAAUGUUUCAUAUUAAAUGUCAAUGUUUACUGUCCUACAAUUAUGCCAGAACAAAUAUUAUAAUAAAAUGUACAUUAUACUGAGGACAA